AUGCAUGAGACGGGACGGGUUGGCCCGGCACCGCCUGUUCCUCGAAACACUCCUCAGCUUAACGACAGCUACAAUCCAGCUACAACAACUCCACAGAUCUUUGCACUCAAAUGUUCCAACACCGCCCUCGUGAUUCGACAACAACAAAAACUCUGGUCUCCCGCCGUCACAUUUAUCCCAGCGAACACCAACCAAUUUGCAUACGCCCAAGUUCUCUCUUCGCCAAUCCUCGCCACGAGAUCGCAUUUCCAUAAAUCAAAUGUGGCAUUGGCGGACGCCGGUCGCUUUGUUGCGGCAUCAUUAAAUUGUCUGGAUUUCUUUCAUCGACUCUCAGAAGGGGCGUCGAACUAUCAGCAUCAGCUGGGAUCCGCAGAGUCAAACCAUCAGGCCCGAAAUAGGCUGAUCCACACUGGUGGUGCACCGCCUAUUGGAGAACCCAGACGGUGUCCCCUACCUUAUCGGCCCUCGUGUUUCCCGGAUCAGGCAAACGCCAAUGCCCUUUGUUGCGCAAGCGAUGGAUUUUGGCCAUUUUGCUUAUCUAUAGACCGCCUCGAUGUUUCCUGGCCGCGAAACACACCGCUGAUGCCGUUGUCUGAGCCGGAUCCCCCACCUCGCCUAAACUUUUAUCCUCUCUUUUCUUUCUUUUUUUCUCCUGUCUUACUAAUGGGCGCCAGAUUGCGAACCAAAUCAACAUGGGUUAUGUCCAUCCCAGUGAUAUGUCUUUUCUAUCUUCCGCCAUUUAGCCUUGUUAUGGCAAUUCCUUCACCAGAAUAA